UUCUAUCAACAUUUUUAUAUAUUUUUAAAGUGAUUUUUUGUAUUUAAUGAGUUUUAGAAAUCUUAAAAAGCUUGAAAAGCUUCAGGAUAGCUCUUCAUCUUGUCUUAUUGAUGAAGAUUUGGACAAUGAAAUAGUUUUGGAUCAUGAUGAUAAUGAUUUAAAUCAGUCAUCUUCAAAUAAUUAUAAUCGUUUUUCUAUACUUGAUACCAAUGUUGAAAUCGAUCAGGAUGCAGCAUCAGAAGGUGACAAUAAAAAUGUUGAAUAUAAUAAUGGAAAUAAUAUGCAUUUUAAAAAAAGUAUAAUCAAAAAAAAAAAGAAUAAAUCGAAAAAUAUUAACAAAGAAUUAUCUGAAAUUGAUGAUAAUUGCACUUUUUUGGUAUUUCAUGAAAUUGAAAAUAUUAAUAAGAUUUCUGAUAACCAUAAUUCAUUAUCAAAAUCAAUAACAGAGAAUCAUGAAAAUAAACUUCAACAGAAACAACUGAAUCUUUUAAGUAUAAAUCUGCAUUUUUUAGACUCAAAUAUGGAAAUGAAAACUCUUUUUGGAAAAAAGGCUAUAGAUAAUGAUUCUAAAAAAAAAUCAAGAAAACAUAGAGCUAGUUUUGAAACUAGUAAAUUUAGUAAAUCACCUCUAAUGCGUUUUAAAGAGUCAUGGUCACCAUUACUUAAUAGUGGUAUAUCGAUGGAUGUCGUUAAUUAUAUUGAUGGUAUUGGAUAUUUCAAGUUUACAUUUUCAAGAACAUAUCAGGAUAUUCAGCAGCAAUUUUUGAGUGCCGUUCAUACUUUUGAUCCAAAUAAUCUUUUAAUAUUAUUACAAUAUAACCCAUAUCAUGUUGAUACAUUGCUUCAAGUGUCAGAAAUUUUAAAACAGGAGGGAAAUCAUCAAGAUUCUAUAGACUUGAUUGAACGUGCAUUAUAUUCUCUUGGGCGUGGAUUUCAUCCAGCAUUUAAUAUAUCUACAGGUCGUGUUCGUCUUCCUUUUAACUAUUCUGAAAACCGUUCUAUGUAUCUUGCAUUAUAUCGACAUAUUCAUAAUUUAGAAAAAAAAGGUUGCUGGAGGACUGCUUUUGAAUUUAAUAAACUUCUACUUAGUUUAAGUCCUUUAGAAGAUAAAGACUGUUACGGCGCUCUUUUGACUAUAGAUUUUUUUGCUUUAAUGUCAAAGGAAUAUGAUUAUAUUAUUGAAUUAUCAGAAUGGCAUGAUCAGGAAUAUUUAAAGAGGCUUCCUUCUUUUGCAUUUUCGCUUGCACUAGCUCUCUUUCACAAAGAAAAUAUAGAUGAUUUGCAUAUUAACUCUAAAGAAAAAAUUGCUAUUGCUGCUUGCACAUUUCCCUGGGUUAUUAAGUCACUCUUUUUGUUAUUAGAACUAGAUAUUCCUAAUGGUUAUGGAUCAAUUGAUCCACCCACAGAUCUUGAUGCGCUUUAUAUGGAUAUUUAUUUAUCCCGAGCAAAAGAUAUUUGGAAUACUCCUAAGCAUUUAAGUUUUUUACGCUCUGUAUUUCUAAAACCUCCUUUAGUUGAUGAAAACAUUAAGGACCUUGAUUAUUCAAUUCCUGCAGGUGUCUUGAGAUAUGUUUUACUUUCAGGAAAUAGAAAUUUUAUUCAAUAUUUGCCUCCGUCAAUUACAUCUCAACCAAUUAUGGAAUAUGAUAUUUUUCCUCCUGAUAAUUUUGUACCAUUUAUAGACUCGUCUACAUUUGAUUCAGAAAAUAGUUUAACUACUUAGAACAAUUAAAUAUCUAUUUAAAAUCUUAUUGAAAUUUUCAAAAUCA